CGUACUUCAUCCAAACGUAGUAAUUCCUCAGCGGACAUACUACUUCGAUCUCGUUUCUUGACAUCUUUUCGUUCCUUCUUCUCGCGCUUCCGCUUCUCCUUGUCGUCCUUCUCCGUAGCCUUCUUCAUAAAGUUGAACAUCUUCUCAUUCACAGCACGGUUCUCUACUCGAACGUGAGAAAGAGAUAACGCAGGAUAUCUCUUCUCUGUUGAUGAUAGCCGGCGCGUGUACAGUUUCACGCGGUGUCGCGUAUUUCGGACUGGCCCGCACGCAUAACGCGACACUGUCCAUCGAUACGACUGAUGUGUGCUCCCUCGGUCACACCGCCGUUACGUGCAAACACUAAACAACACGACCGACGAAAUCGCUCCCCUGUAGAGACGACGACGGCUGUCGACGAUCGCUGCGUAGACGAGGGCGAGGGGAGAGAGGCCAGGCGGGAAGGGCGUGCACGCUCGCGCAACGUUGCGUACGCGCCAAGCGAGCGCAAAUAUCGAUAACAGGAAAUUCCCUGUCACGGAAUGAAUUCCGAGCGAACGAUACGUCACUUUCGAUGCCCCGUUAUUUUACGAUACAAUACGAGGCACGUUUUUCCCUCGAGGCACGCUUUGAUCUAUCCCCGCAUGGAAACCACGGGACCGCUAACAGACACGAAGAACACCAGCACUCGCGAAGGCGCGUCGCUCGAUAAACCUCUUCGGAUACUAGGUUUUCACGCGACACAGAUCACAAAACACCGAAUACAUUGGUAUUGAAUUUUCAGUCGAUCAUCGACGAUACGGUGAGACCUGACGCACAAAGGGGCGUGAACCUACCAGAGCGAACUGUUUCUUCAUGGCCGGUCGUUUCCGGCAUUUAAUCCCAACGACAACAUAUUCCAAAACUGUAUCUUUCUACGAUUCUUCCGUUGCUUUUUUUCUUUGUGAACAAAAAACUGACUCCCUCUCUUUUUUUCGCUUGGCUAAAAUGAAUUGAAAACGUUCUUUCACAUACGGAGUAUGUAUAUAAGAGGAAUUGAUCAAAAACACAAUCUUCAUGCACGAAGAUAGUUUUAUCCUCGCGUUGUUUCUCUCCUCGUUACUUCUCCGGAAAGCAUCGUUCUAUGUGAGAACAGUAUUGUGACAGUCGCGCGUGACAGCGAAUUCUUACUUUCGCGAGGCUUUCGACUCUCGCCGGUAUACCAAACCGGUGAAGGCGGAAGGGAAGGAUAGGAAUACGCGUGCCUAGAACAAAGAGGAAGGGGGAAAGGUUGAGAAGGAGAAAGAGAGGCAGGAACGAACGGACAACGAAAAUCUACAUGUCAUUUUUCACCACACCUUACUCUCGCAUGCUCUUCAACCAACGGGAGAGCCGCCGUUCGUAAACAAAUGCCGCACGAUUGCGAAAACGAAUGUUGAUAACCGUAUUGCGAUCGUGCGUACUCGUGGAUUGUCGUUCGUAUGUGCAAUCGUGCGUAUCGCGACAACGAUAACGCCGCGUCGUGCAAGAUCAAGAACCGACUCGAUUUUCGAUACGCGACGAAACUGACAGUCAACGCGGCACGAGACACACGUCACAACACCGCCACACCACCCGCCGCCAUUCACUCGGUUGAAGACGCGUGUGAUUCGUAGAAGGUCCACACUGUCGAACACGGAAGCGCCGUCAUUCCAAAACAAUCGUAUACACGUGUCCGUCGAAGCGUGCAGCAGCUUAGCCCAUUGGAUCGUCCCUUUUGUCAGAAAGACAGUCAAUGAUACGCGAAAGUUCAACGGUGCACUCGCGCGACACCGACGACUAUCAUGGCAGACUGAAUCGCAGGUCGCGAGCCACGAGUUACGAGUUGGACCGGUGGCGACUGCUGGCGUCCUAAACCGAAUCACGGCCUAUAGGCCCGCGCCCUUCUUUCCGUUACGCAGGUCUGCGCAUGCGCCGCUAAUCGACGAUACGUUAUCGACUGAACGCAAGACGAACGAUCUUGCCAAUUUCAAAGAAUUUCAAUGCCUGAUAUUGACAAUUUGACCGGUUAAUAUCACGAAACAACAACAAAUUUCGACAACAACACAGAUUUGUCAAACAUGCAACAUUUAUUUGGCUUUGUACUGUUUGAGAGAACCGUGUGUUUGGUUCGCAUGUUUAAUAAUGGGUUUUUUCGUAUUCGUGUACGUAUUGUGUAGUUGUAAGCAUUUACGAUUACGUUGAUAUGUUGUAAUUUACUUGCCCCCACGAAUAUUUAAUUGCUUCUUCUACGUCAACCUUCUCUCUGCUCGAUCGACCUUAUAUUGUGAGAGAAUGUAAUUAAAUGUAUUUCCCAACAGCUGGCAGCACGUAGCAGAACUGAGCGAGCGAAGAACUGCGAGGUUAAUAAAUGCAAAAUGUUUUAAUAUCUCGUACGUGUGUUAUAGCGUAAAAUAAUUUUCGAUUGAUAACGCGAUCGGAUGAUAACGACGAAUUAUUCUACGUGAAACAUAAUGUUGUUUCGAUGUCUUUCGGGUGUUCGUACUUUCUUCAGUGUCGUAACCGCCGAAGCGUGUGUACAAUGCAGUAAAAAUAAAAUUAUCACGUUUAAUCGACCAACGCGAACUCUGUCUACGACGAACGUACAAUGUUCUACCGUUGGUGAAAUUAUUGAACAAUGGAGCGACCGGUUUAAAAAGGAAGGUAUUCCAGAACCCGUAGAAUCGAUCGAGCACAUUGUUGCGCACGUCAUAGGCACUAGCAAGAAUGCCGGUUCAGUACAUAAUAGGAGAAUGGGACUUCCGGGAUAUUACUUUGAAAUUAGUCCCGCCAGUUUUCAUACCACGACCCGAAAGUGAAAUGUUAGUUCAUUACGUCUUAAAGGCACUGAAUUCUUCUGAAAAUAAAGGACAAGAAAUUUUAGAAGUUGGAUGUGGUUCUGGCGCCGUAUCUCUCGCGAUCGCACAUACUGACAAAACAGUUAAUUGUGUAGCGAUCGAUUCAAAUCCAGACGCGUGUGACUUAACCAAAGAAAAUCGAGACAGAUUAGAUUUAAAAGAUCGAGUUUCAGUUGUGCACGCAACGCUUAAAGACAAUGGUUCGAUAGAACUAUCGAAUAUAUUGAGUGGACCCAACGAUAUCGAUUUGAACUCGAAGAUUUUCGAUCUCAUAGUUAGUAAUCCUCCUUAUGUACCGACCAAACAAAUACUUACAUUAACUCCUGAAAUUAAAAUUUACGAAGAUUUAACAGCGCUUGAUGGAGGAGAUGAUGGCUUAAAAGUUAUUAAACCUUUAUUAAAAUAUGCUGCCACGGCUUUAAAGCCGGGAGGACGUUUGCUUUUAGAAGUUGAUCCAAGUCAUCCUGAAUAUAUACAAUUUUUUACAAAAAAAUAUCCCGUUCUUAAACUUCAAUAUGAACAUACUUACAAAGAUUUUUGUAAUAACGAUCGAUUUGUUGAAAUACUGAAAAUAUCGUAAAAGGAUUUGAUAUGUAAAUAUCAAAUUUUUUAGAUUAAAUAAAUUAAAAUAUAGUAUAAUAUGUAACUAAAAAUAUCAAUAAUUUAUUUGUUUUCUGAUACAUUAUUGAAAUAUACUUAGAUUAAAAAUAUUCUUAUAUUGGAUAGAAUUAAUUAA